AUGGGGUCCCAGGUCUCCAUGGAAGUGAGAGGCGUGCACGUGGUGAUCGUAGGCGGGGGCUUUGGCGGGAUAACGGCCGCCAGCCAGCUGCAGGCACUGAACAUCUCCUUCACGCUGGUGGACAUGAAGGACUCCUUCCACCACAACGUGGCAGCCCUGCGGGCCUCCGUGGAGAGCGGGUUUGCCAAAAAGACAUUCAUCCCCUACGCGAAGAGCUUCAAGAACAGCUUCCGGCAGGGCGUGGUGGUUGAGAUCGAUCUGAAGAAUCAGGCGGUGGUGCUGGAGGAUGGCGAGACUCUGCCCUUCUCGCAUCUGAUCCUGGCCACGGGCAGCACUGGGUUCUUCCCGGGCAAGUUGAACCAGGUCUUCAGCCAGCAGGAGGCCAUUCAGGCCUAUGAGAACAUGGUGAAGCAGGUCCAGUGCUCACAGUCCAUCGUGGUGGUGGGCGGAGGCUCUGCCGGAGUGGAGAUGGCAGCGGAGAUUAAAACCGAGUACCCUGAGAAAGAGGUCACUCUGAUUCACUCCCAGAUGGCCCUGGCUGACAAGGAGCUCCUGCCCUGUGUCCGGCAGGAGGCAAAGGAGAUCCUGCUCCAGAAAGGCGUGCAGCUGCUGCUGAGUGAGCGGGUGAGCAACAUGGCAGAGCUGCCUUUCAACGAGUAUCGCGAGUGCAUCGUUGUGCAGACAGACAAAGGCACUGAGGUGGCCACCAACCUGGUGAUUGUCUGCAACGGCAUCAAGAUCAACAGCUUUGCCUACCACCGUGCAUUUGAUAGUGGACUGGCCAGCAAUGGUGCCCUCAGGGUGAACGAGUACCUCCAGGUGGAGGGCUACAGUCACAUCUAUGCCAUCGGCGACUGUGCCGACGUGAAGGAGCCCAAGAUGGCCUACCACGCCGGCCUCCACGCCAACAUCGCCGUGGCCAACAUCAUCAACUCCAUGAAACAGAAGCCCUUCAAGGCCUAUAAACCAGGUGCGCUGACGUUCCUCUUGGCCAUGGGCAGAAACGACGGUGUGGGCCAGAUCAGCGGCUUCUAUGUGGGGCGGUUCAUGGUUCGGCUGGCCAAGAGCCGGGACCUGUUCAUCUCCACGAGCUGGAAAACCAUGAGGCAGUCUCCACCCUGA